UUUAGCCAAAACAAAACGGACAGCAAACAGUCAGCCACCAGCUCGUUUAAACUUCGCGCCGAUUUUAUAAUUUCACAGUCAAAACCCUAAUCUCGAAAAAAUCCCCAAUGUUUUUCAAAAUCCGAGGGUUUCCAUUACAAAUUUCACAAUCUCUCUCUAUCUAAUGCAAAUCACAGACAUGAAAUCCAUAAAAUUACUCCACAGUCACAAAACCUUUCUCUUAAACCCUAUUCAAAACCCUAACAACACUUUUUCUUGUCAUUCCCGUUCCCGCCUAUUCCACUCCACCGCUCUCCGUUUCUUCUCCGGCGACUCCUCCACUUCUAACGAUUCCCAAAAUGCCCCUAAAGUCUGGAGUAAUUUCAAUCCGCUGACGCAGGGGAUCAACGACAACCACAAGGAGCAGGAGCAAGAAUCGGUAACGGAUUUAUCAAAUGUUGAAAUUAGGGUUUCAAGUGAGAGUGUAAAUAGUAGUGAUGAGAAUAAUAAUAAACAGGUUAACAGAAUGGGGUUGAUGCGUUAUAGUAAAGAAAAUGAGAAAUUUCCGAGCGAAAAGAGAUACAAUGUGAAUGUGAAGAGAGCUGAUUUAGGUAAUGAAAGUGUAGAAAUUGGGCCUGUUAAUAGGAAGAAAGGGAAGAUUAAAACGAUUUAUGUAUGCAAUGAUUGCGGAAAUGAAGAAGGACAAUGGUGGGGUUUUUGUAGAAGCUGCGGAAAAGUUGGAACAUUGAAGCAGUUUAGGGAUGUUGAGACUGGAAAUGGGAAUAGUAAAGUGACUGGGGCGGAGAUUUCGGAGAACGUGAUGAGUUCUUGGUUGCCGCAGAAAGUUAGUGAGAUGCAACCAUUGAAGUUGAAAGAUGUUAAUCAGAGGAUGAAUCAGUCGAAUUGGAGGAUUUCUUUACCCGGACUCUUUGGAAGUGAAGUUGCCAGGGUACUUGGUGGUGGAGUUGUUCCAGGUUCUCUGAUUCUGAUCGGUGGUGAUCCUGGGGUUGGCAAGAGUACACUGUUGUUGCAGGUUGCGGCCUUAAUGGCUGAAGGGAAGUAUGUUGAUAAACGAGAUCCUGUUGUUUAUGUAUCUGGAGAAGAGAGUGUUGAGCAAAUCGUGAAUAGAGCUGACCGUCUAAGCAUUGGAGUAGAGGAUCUCUAUUUGUAUUCGAGUACUGAUAUCGAGGACAUUUUAGCAAAAAUUCAGCCUCUAUCCCCCUGUGCUUUAAUUGUUGAUUCAAUUCAAACAGCUUAUAUACAAGGAGUUACUGGAAGUGCUGGAGGAAUAUCUCAGGUUAAGGAAUGCACAUCAGCUUUGCUGCGCUUUGCCAAGAAGACGAAUAUACCGGUCCUUUUGAUUGGACAUGUGAACAAAUCUGGUGAUAUAGCAGGGCCUCGGGUUUUGGAGCACAUUGUUGAUGUUGUUCUAUAUUUGGAAGGAGAGAAGCACUCAACUCAUCGGUUACUCCGCCCCGUGAAGAAUCGCUUUGGAUCCACUGAUGAGCUUGGAGUAUUUGAAAUGUCUCAUUCUGGUCUGCAAACUGUUUCAAAUCCAAGUGAGAUAUUCUUAAGCGAGCAGCACUCAGAUUCAGAGAUUUUAGUUGGACUAGCUGUUGCUGUGAUAAUGGAUGGAUCUCGAAGUUUUCUUCUUGAAAUUCAGGCAUUAUGUGCCACUAGUUCAUCGGUUUCAAGGCAUGUCAAUGGGAUUCAAGCAAGCAGAGCUGAUAUGAUUAUUUCAGUUCUUAAGAAGCAAGCUGGUCUAAUGCUCCAACAGAAUGAUAUCUUCUUAAAUGUUGUCAGCGGGGUGUCACUCACAGAGACUGCUGGAGAUCUUGCAAUAGCAGCUGCCAUUUGCAGUAGUUACUUGGAGUUUCCUAUUCCCAAUAAUGUUGCAUUCAUCGGAGAAAUUGGCCUUGGUGGGGAACUUCGCAGGGUGCCCAGAAUGGAGAAACGAAUACAUACAGUUGCAAAAUUGGGGUAUAAAGUGUGUAUUGUCCCCAAAUCAGCUACAAAGUCUCUUCCAAAUUUAGAUUAUAAGGACAUUCAAAUCAUCGGCUGUGCGAAUCUGAAACAAGUCAUCGACGCCAUUUUCACCAGACAGAAUUGAAGUCGUUUUACGCGUUGCACUUGGGAAGAGAUUCCUCUUCCUUUGUAAGUUUAUUGCCUGAUUUGUAUGUUUGUUUGUCUUUAUAUGUAAAUAUAGCAGCAAUAUUGUAUCUUAUUGACUCUGUUUACAAAGUUAACAACCCUAGUCAAGCUAAUUUGUAUUAUUUCUGACAUAAAUAGGUACAACUGUAACAAAAGAAAAUUUAGGGUAUUAUUAGACUGAUUUACUAAA